UAAAUGUAAUGUUAUCUAAAUGCUAUUUGCUACGGCAAUCAGCUGUCCAAUAGUACGGAAACAGUUGCAGUGGAGUGAAGCAAGAUACCAGCCAGCCAUCGUUACCGUAGCAGUCAGAGCAGAGCAGUUCUAAGGUGGUGCAUGGAUUUGGUGUGGUGCGUUUAGCGUACGAGCACAAACAUACCUACACCCUCAAUACACACAAAUACCCCCCCUCACAGCACUACAAUGGAUGUGGAAUCGGACGGAUCGGAACGGUGGGAGGAUUUUUUCGGAAGCAGCACUGACAUCGGCCCAUCGGUACUGGGCUACUUGGAUACUCUAGCCAAUAACUUCAGCGAAGAAGCUAAACAACUAGUCGAAUCGUCCAACAACAAACCCCAACCACCACCACCCGAAGUGUUUCCACUGAAAAGCGUUGCUCAUGUGAUCGGGCACGAAACGUCCGCUGCCAUAUACAACAACGCAGAGCAAACGCGACCGACUGACUGUAACGCAGCUAGCAGAGAACUAUCCCAACGUAUUAACGUAUUCAGGUCAGCUGCAGCUUCCUCCAGCUCCGAUUUAGGCACUGGACGCGUGAAAAAAUUUUCCGAGAAGUUCUUCAAUCUGGUGUCACCAAAUGUGCAACGGAUGGUGUCCAACACAGCGGAUGCGAACAGUUUCAUCGGAACUGGUGGUAGCAGCGACGAACAAUCGGCACCAUCUGCCCCGUUCGUUCGCAACCAUGUCCAGUCUGCUUCAUUUAACGCCCCUAGUCGAAAGCCUGCGAGACUCCCGUCGGCCACUGUACCAUUGCAAAUAACUCAUCAUAAGCAGCAGCUACCGUUAUCGAAAAGUUUCGCCAAACUUAGACACGUGGAAGGUGAACUGAUCUGUAUCGAGAAUAAAAAUUCUUCUGCCGCCCGGCAAUCGCACCAACGGACGACGACUGUCCUGCGGGAACGAACAGGCGUAGGAGAUAUUACAACAACUGAAAUGGAAGUGCUGGAGAGUGGAACCGCAGUAGACGAUAAUGGAAACAUUGCUACCGAAAAACGCCGUACGACAGUGGACGAACUUCAGAACGUAUCUGCAUUGCAGCUAAAAAUUCAGUCACUUACGGUAGACUUAGAAAAGGGCGUAUCUCCCAAAAGAUCGACGGACAGUGAAGAACUGUGCAGUCCUGUUGUAACCCCUGUUACUGAUCCGAUUGAAGGUAGUGGUGUUGUCUUACGAAAUGAAACAAACGGCAGCAUUAAAAUGGAAGAUGCUUUCGUAGAAAAUUGUGUCGACACGACGGAGCAUCGUAACACCGUAGUGGAAGCGUUCAAUUACUAUCCCAACAUUGGUCGAGACGUUCCGGCAACCGUCGGUCCCGACGAUCGAUUGACGACGUUGGCUGAUGCACGGGCCAAAUUGCUCGAUAGCAACAAAAACUGUAAAGUGUCUGUUCCUAACUCACCCAAAUUGACCACACGUGUCAACAUUGAGCACUGCACAUCUACGUCGACGCCAAGCUUGGAUACUACCACCAGUGGAUCACCGUACUCUAGUAAAGCAUCGCUGUUAAUUCCACCGAAUACACCAGUGCUAAGUUCGAGACCCCUAUCGGCAUCAUCCAUCUGCUCUUACUCGUCCAGUACCAGCAGUUCCGGUUCGGAGCAUCAUCUGCCCGGUGGAAAAGGUAGUGCGCCAGGUUCGUAUCAGGCCAGCGUGGAAAGUUUGGCCGAUCACAGUGAACCAGAGCAAAAUGGCAACGUCCUGCGUCACUGUGAAGGGACAGGUGAACUAGGACCGGUCAUUACCUUUGUUGCCGGUAUGACGAUGUGCGAACGUGCUGUUCGGGAGAUAAUUGAUUCGGAAAGCAGCUACGUGAAGGACCUUGGUCAGGUCAUAAGAGGCUAUCUGGAGGAUUGGAAAGAACGAGCCUGCCUGAAGCACGAUCAGCUGAAGGUACUGUUUAGCAACAUUCAGGAAAUUUACGAUUUCAACUUUAAGCUACUUAACCGACUCCGUGAAGCGAAGGGUGAUCCGGUUACGAUAUCCGACUGCUUCAUCGAUCUCCAUGCGGAAUUUAGCUGCUACACUACGUACUGCACUAGCUAUCCGGAAGCCAUUUCACUACUAACGACACUGCUUCAAGCGACGCAUACGAAUGCGCUGCUUGUGUCAACUCAGAAGAUGUUGAAGCAUACUCUCCCGUUGGGCUCCUAUUUACUGAAACCAGUGCAACGGAUUCUAAAGUAUCAUCUACUGCUCGAUAAUCUGCGCAAACAUUAUAACGAUCAACAAGUGGCGUUGGCCCACGAGCUGAUGAAGAAAGUCGCGCACAACAUCGAUCAGGUAAAGACAAAGCUGGACCAGGCACGGUUGGUAAAGGAAUUGGCGGGUAUUCUAGACGGAUGGCUCGGGCCCGAUCUGUCCGUGUUGGGUGAUCUGUUACACGAAGGUCGUUUGAUGGAGCACUCUAAACCUCGCAUCGUGCUGCUGUUCCAAACCAUGCUCAUUAUAGCAAAGCCAAAGGAGGACAAAAGACUUCAAUUUCGCGCCUACAUACCGUGCAAAAAUUUAAUGCUGGUGGAGCAUCUACCGGGUGAGCCGAUCUGCUUCCGUGUGAUCCCGUACGACGACCCGAAGGGUGCACUGCAGCUGACAGCACGAAAUCGUGAAGAAAAGCGCCUAUGGACGCAACAGAUUAAGCAAGCGAUGCUACAACACUACACCGACAUACCGACAAGGGCCAAAGAGUUGGUCUUACAGCUGGGAGAUGAAGAUGAACGUUUUACAGAUAAGCAGUACUGGAAACGGCCAGCAAAUAACUCCCCGAUACCGGAGUACUUGGAACGUCGUCAGCAGUUUCGUCGCAGUGAGAUGCGAAUGAAAUCAAAGAAAAAUCUAUUGAAAAAAGAUGCUCCAACAGCAACCUCCGUCAACGUAUUAUCGACUCCAUCGUUCCGGUCGUAUUCUAACGAUUUGGAGAGCCCAGUUGUAGCGAUCGACAAACAGCAGCACCAUGAGUCAUCUACAGAGGACUGCAAAUGUGAUGCAGUGAAGCAACAAAUGAAGGAGGAAAUAAAAGCACGUCCAGCAGCAGCAACAGCAUCCUCGACGAAGUCUUCUCCACCGCCAAAACCUUCCCGAAGCCGAUCCGAAACACGGUGUGGACCGGCAGAUGAUGAGGAGGAACGAUUGUUGAAAUCGUUGUAUGAGCGCAGAAAGCUGUCCGUACCGACAAGACGCGGUACGAAGGUUAAGGAGAGCUUUGCCAGUAUUCGCUCGUACAAUAGCACCAUGAUACCGAAGCGGAUCAGCGAAAUGCGCAAACGUCGACCGAAGACUGUAACAAGUAGUUCGACGUUUUAUACAGACCUGGAGGUCAGUAGUGAGGCGGGUAUGACGGACCCGGAAGCUCCUGUUGAACCUCCGCUUGUAGAACCUACGGGUAGCAGAUCGAAUGAUGAUGAACCUGCCUUGCCUGUACCAAAGGCAAGCGACACAGCGAUACAUGUCGUCGAAGAUCGUCAUCUUCGACCCACUGCGCCGCUAAACACUAGAUCGUGCUCGAUCGAUGGCAGUGAAUGUUGUAAUGAGCAGAAAAAAGAUUCAGAAAUCAUAUCCCAGCUCAUUUUGGAUGUGGAGCAGUUCAACAAAGUCCUGAACAAACCGGUGAUGAAAAAGAAAUCGUUCGAUGCAUCUAGUUGUACCCGUCCGAUUGGCAUGCUGAAUCCCGAUCGCAAACCUGAACCCCCAAGUACGGAACCACCGUGUGAUGAGGAGCUGGACGGAGAGAUUACUGUCACCCGAGAGAAUAACUCACCCCUAAAUCCUAAGAAAGUGUCACGAAAUCUUGGGCUUGCUGGUUUGGACGAAUCGGAACCUAUCUACGAAUCUUUGCUCCGUAACGUUCACGUGCCGUACAAGUAUGCUCCGCCAUGUUUGUCAAGACAUUCAUUGCCAUGUGGUGAAGGGUCGAGUAGCAUAGUUUGCAAUGGGGCAGCUGCUGGACAAAAAAUAACCGACAACCAGUUGCCUAGAAGAACUCGUCCCGAAUCGGACUAUGUUACGUUGGCGUAUUCGGAACUUGGUCUUCUGAAUGGGAUUGUUAACGCGGACGCAGUUAGUUUGCAUGCUACGAAAGCUACCGGCCAACACAAAACACCUCAGCUGCUCCGUAACAGUGAUACCAACAUAAGCUACCAUCGGGAAUCGAGCGGUCUAGGCAAAGAAUCAGACGAAGAGGAAAAAACGUCGCAAUCUUACUGUUCUCCAAUAUCACCCUCCGGAUCACCCAAUGGAUCGCCAGAAGAGUCUUGCUCGCUGAAGCAGGCAUUUCUCGAGCGCCAAGGUAGUCUCAGCAUGAAGACAACGGCUCACAAAAGCUUCCUGCAACGGUUCAUCUCUCUGCAUGCUCCAACCUCUACGUCCAUGGCGUCGGCGAACACGUUGGGCAGUGAAGGUAAUCUGCUGCAUUCGCUGCAGCGCAAACUUUCCGAACCAAAUGGCGAUGGUGGAGGUUCGUUCGGUCACAUCUAUAAACAGGGCAGUAUUGAUUUGGGAUCACGCAUUGCGCAUUUGGACUACGCCGAUCCGAAGACGCUAUUCUUUCAGCCUUUAUCCGCUUCCACAACGUCGAGCACUGCUCUCUCCAUUGGAGCAAGUGGAACGAACCAGAACGUGCUUAUUAACCGGGCAUCGAUGCAAUCGGUGAAUAACGAUCAGCAACGGGAUUCGGUGCUGGCAUCGAGCUCCUCCAGUGACAGUGUCUGCGAGGACACCAGGAACGUAGGAUUGUUGCACACGCAAGAAUCCACCUGCAGCAACGUGUAUGAUGAUGAUGAACAGUGCUGCUUCUACGAGCGUACGGUAGAGGAGUGUCUCGAGCAUGAUUUCCGCGAUUCGGCCGUUUAUAGUGGCGAUGACAAUGAUCGCCAACGAGCAAAUGUCGGCACGUCAUCCUCCGACAAGCAUCAUCUGUACGAAGCCCUCUCUCAGGUUGCUUCUCCUCGUGCGAAACAACGUGCCUCUGCGGGAGAAGGUUCUCUACGGAAUUCCGGUCCUCCACCCCCAAUCCCGGUCAAACCGGCACAUCUCGGUCAAUGUAAACGACAACCGGUGGCUAUCGUUUCGACACCGGUUUCAUCAAAACCGGCAACCAACUCCACCAACAGUCGAGGCUGGGUCUUGCAACAGGUGCGGCGAUUUCAGUAACGGCCACGUCAAGCAUCAGAAUUCGAUUUCAUAAGCUGAGAGUAGCAUUAUUACAUGUUUUAGUGUAAAAAGCAAGUGUCUCUGCGAGCACCAUAUAUUUUUGAUAAUAGUGAGAAAGAGAAUGUGUUGCUAGAGCAACGGUUUGCAGCAACAUGGUAUAUUCAAUCGAAGCAGGCAACUUCUGCAUUCACCUUUCUAGAACCGCUCUUUCUCAUAAGUUGCCAAAGAAAUGUAAUUUCGAUCAAUUUAAUUGAUGUAAACUAAUGGCCGUGGGCCUUAGCCGCCGGACUGGUGUGAUUUGGGGUCGUCUAAGUGCGCGCUUCCACAAGUGCAAUACAGAUUAGUAUCAACGCUGCUACUAGAAUUCUUAGUGCGUAAAGCGUCGGUUCGGAGCAGCACUAAAUACUUUUUCAUAGGAAUUAACUAACUGUAUGUUUCAGCAUUGUAUUUAUCUGUAGUUGUAGUGCAGUUUCAUGGAUUUUUUAUCAAUCAAUAGAUAGAUUUUAGUGGCACAGACAUGUUCAGGCACAAUUUCUUUGCGCUUGCACUCAAUGUGUAAAACAGAAAAUAUACAUUGUGCGCCAAAAACACGGAUGCGAGCGAAUUUUAUAUGCGAUAUUUUAACUGUAAUUUAUUAUGUUCAAACAUCAUCACCCUGUAUGGUAGGAGAAUGUGAAAUAGAGAAUGAAUUAAAUCAAUAAAUAAAAUAAAUUGAAUGGAGUUUUACGAAUGCGUUUAUUUUAUUCGUAACAAAAUCAAUACAGCAAUGGAGCAAUUACAGAAAUUUCGAUUUACCAGGUCAUCUGGAGUACCGACACGUGUGCACGAUAAACGGAAUAAAUUGUGCACGUGGAAUUGUGGAAUAAAUU